CUUGUAUUUGCCGGUAAAACUUGGAGCAACUAUGGGAGGGCUUGCAAUCUUUAUGGGUGAAGACUUAAGAUUGAUUCAAUUUUUCUAACAGUCUCCUCUUCGAAAGUUACAAAACAAACACACCCUAGAAAGUGCACUUUUGCGAAGAGAAGGCUUUUUGGGGGAAGAGUCGAGGAGAUGGCGGGAGCCACAUGUGUGACCGAGUACCGGAGUUUCUCCACUCGCCUAUUCUAUUGUUCUCACUCCGUCUCUCACCUUCCAACGACGCUGACCAAUACACAUUGCACACAGUGCUUCCAAUUCCAUCCACGUCUAAGUUCUGACGUCCCUUUCCUCCUCGUCAGCUGCUCUCGGAUUCCAAGCCAUCCGUUUCUUUUUCUUUUUUCCUGCUUCUCGCAACAAUUCCACCAGAGGAAAGCACAGAGCAUUUUCUCAAUUUCUUCUUACUUCCUUCAAUUCGCAGACACUUCCUGAAUGAGCUGAGCUACCACCUGUAACUGUUCAGUCAUGGAAAUGGAGGUGGACACUCCUCGUAAGAGAAUUAGAGUGGGAUUCGACGAGAUCCGCAGGCGAGAAGUGGGCUUCUCUUCCCCCACGUUCUUCCGUCGCUACUUCUCCGGUUCUGAGGUCCUUGUGAAGCAGAUCAAUCUUCAGGGGAAGUUAGCUGGUCACGAUGGCUGCGUUAAUGCUAUCCAGUUCAACUCUACUGGCGAUAUUCUGGUGUCUGGUUCUGAUGAUAGGCAAGUCGUCUUCUGGGAUUGGACAACCCAAAAGAAGAAGUUGUCAUAUGAUUCUGGUCAUUUGGACAAUAUAUUCCAGACUAAAAUCAUGCCUCUUACUGAUGAUCGAAUCAUAGUAACUUCAUCUGCUGACGGCCAGGUUCGGCUCGGCCAGGUAAAAGAACAUGGCAAGGUAUUUACAAAGAAGCUGGGGAAGCACCAGGGUCGUGUGCAUAACCUUGCAGUCGAGCCAGGAAGUCCACAUGUACUCUAUAGCUGUGGUGAAGAUGGCAUUGUGCAACAUUUCGAUCUCCGCACUCAUUCUUGCACAAGACUAUUCUGUUGCUCUUCCCUCGCAGACAAUGACAUCCAGCAUUCCAAAAAGAUCAGGUUAAACUCGAUUGUUAUCGAUCCAAGAAACCCAAAUUACUUUGGCGUAGGAGGUUCUGAUGAAUAUGCUCGUGUAUAUGACAUAAGAAAAUGUCAGUGGUCGAGCAAUGAUGAUAGCACACCUUUGGACACAUUCUGCCCCCGUCACUUGAUAAAGUCCAAUGAAGUGCAUAUAACUGCAUUGGCCUACUCAAGCUCCAGUGAGCUUCUCGUCUCUUACAAUGAUGAACUCAUCUAUCUGUUUCAGAAGGAUAUGGGGAUGGGCCCCGAUCCAUGUUCGGUUUCACCCAUACAGACGCAGAAGCUUGGAGAGCCACAAGUGUACACAGGGCAUAGGAAUUCACAGACAGUGAAAGGAGUGAGUUUCUUUGGGCCAAGUGACGAGUAUGUGGCAACAGGGUCUGAUUGUGGUCAUAUAUUCAUUUGGGAGAAGAAGGAUGCGAGGCUUGUGCGAGUUAUGUUUGGUGAUCGGCGCGUGGUUAACCAGAUCGAGCCACAUCCUCAUGUGGCUAUGUUUGCAAGCUGUGGGAUAGAGAAGACUGUGAAGCUCUGGUGCCCCUCUCCUUCAGAAUCUCCUCCUCUACCAGACAAUAUAGAAAAGAUCAUGGAGUCGAACAAGCAGGGGAGGGAAGACCAUUCCAGGGUAUACCUAUCUCCAGAUGUGAUAAUGCGUAUCUUGAGGCUGCAGAGGAAUCAAGCAGUGGCGUAUAUUGAGAGCAGAUUCGACCGUGCUGAUUUCCAGGACAGUGAUGAUGACGAUAAUGAAGGGAGAGAUGCAUAUGUUAUGGCAUUUUCAGAGGGAGAAGAAGGGUCUUCUUCUGAAGAUCCCAGGGAUUGCAACAUUAGUUAAUAAGAGGGCUUUGCAUUUGCUCGAGGUAUGUACUGUUGGCAGGCAUAGCAGUCAAAGUGUCAUUGUAUAUAAUCAAAUAUGCAUAUAUUUACUUCUACCUAGUUGGGAUGAGUUCAGUACCAUUGUUUGAUAUAUUGGCACUGCAAAUUUAGAUGCUUUUAUUCCUUGUUAGUCUUUCCUCAGUGCUAAUAAUACUUGGUCCUCCUC